AUGAUUGUGAGGGUGUUUGGCCGCUUGUUUUUGCAGGGUUUGAGUGUUUGGCAACCAUCUUACAAAACAGGUUUUCAGAAAGAGAUUAGCGUGUUUCGUCGUGAAAAAUUUCUCAAGAAAUUCGGGGUUGAUUUCGGAUACGAGCCGCGCUUCACUUCGAAUGUGAAUUCAUGGACUCGAUUCGCGGUGGGAAAGGACGUGGAGGAGCUGUGCUUGGAAUUCCACUCCGCGGUCUACCGUUUGAAUGCGGAUGAAUUUUACGAGUUGCCACAGCUUUUGUAUGCCAAUUCUCGGUUCAAAGAAUUGCGAUUUUCAUUGUGUUGGGUUACGCCCAAAGGAAAUGUUGCCUGGAAUUCGCUAAACAAAUUGUCCAUUGGGUACGUGGAGUUGAGUGAGGAUGUGAUUGAAAGGAUAUUAGCGGGUAGUCCUGUGUUGGAGUUUUUGGAAUUACAUCAUUGUAAAGGUUUUAUUCGUUUUGUUGUCACUAAUUCGUGUGUGAAGAAAUUGAUCCUGAGAGAUUUUUCGUGUACUUCCGAUUACAAUGAAUACAGGUUGGAAAUUCCGGCUCCUUAUCUCGUAUCGAUGGAGAUUUCUGACGGUUUAGAAAGGUGUUGUCGAUUUAUGGACGUAUCAUCGUUGGUGGAUGCUGUCUUCAACUACAACUUGGUAUUAUUUGACGAAGACAGGGCUGUUGAUUAUGAAAGGAUUCAAAAUAUGGUAGUAGGACUUCUUGCGAGUCUUGCUCAUGUGAAGAAUCUUACGCUAGGUAGAUAUUACAAUGACCUAGGACUAAUCAGUGAAAGCUAA